AAGCGCAAGAACAUCCCAGCGUGUUCAGUGCAGCGAAGAGACAAGCAAGUUUAACUUUGCUACAUGGGAUUCGCUUGUCUGCUCUAUAGUUUAGUCCAUCUCAGCUGACCGACGUUAAUAGCUGACGUAGUUCAGGUGAUAGUUCUAUCUAUAUAUCAAAAUUAGCACAUUGGCAUCUGCCCGAGAGGAGUAGCUCGUCCCCUUACGAGCGUAAAUCAUUGACUGAUAUGCGCUGUCUUUCUCGCCUGUUGAGAACACAUGCUUUCUGCUAAGUGGAGUAAAACGAAGUUACAACGGGAUGCCGGGUGUUUUUAUGGACACAACAAAUUCUGCAGAGAGUUUUGCCUCAUUUUCUGGCGAAGAGUCGCAGAGUUCCUCAGACUGGGGGAAAAAUGGGUUUGGUCCUGUGAGAACCGGUAAACGAAGGGAGAAGAACCGGGAUGCUGCAAGGAAAAGUAGAAAGAAACAAACAGAGAGAGCAGAUAUUCUACAUGGGGAGAUGCAGUUCCUGGAGCGUUCCAAUGUUGCGUUUGAGAAGGAGAUAGGCGACCUGAAAGCAGAGCUCCAGCGCUACACUACAGCCCUGCAGCAUCACGAGCCUCAGUGCUCACUGCACAGCCAGUCAAGACUAGCAGGUCAUGUCACCCCACAGGUGAAGGCCCUCUCCUCUACCUCUACCACUAUCUCUUUAUCAGCCUUAAACGUCGACACUGCUCCUGUCACCAGCGCGCAGUCCUCGACGGCCCGUCCUGGAGAGACCCAGCGCGAGUUCUCCCUCUCAGAACUCUUGGACAGUGCAGAUUGGACUUCACCUUGGGAUCUGGGACACUGGAGUUUACACUAAUGACGAUACACAGCACUGUGUGAACAGAAUCCACAUUUUCCAUUGCAAAAAGGGCAACUGAAAAAGGCACUGCCCAGUUCUUCUAAAAACAAAGAAUCAUUUUAUUUGACAUUAGUCAUUGUUAGAAAUUUAAUGUUUAAAAUCACUUUAGUGCAAAGUCAUAUACUGUUAGGUAUGACUACCACACCCCUGCAGACCUUAAGUGUGUCUCUGUUCUUGUCACAAGCUGCCAAAGACUUUUGGGCAUACAUUAUAGAAUAUACAGAACUUUUCAGACCAUACAAACACAUUCAUACUGUAUUUAAAAUAUAUCUAAAUAUAUAUAAUGUAUUAUUUAUUGUGUAAUGGAUAAGCUUUGCUAUUUGUCUAUCAACAGUCUGAUUUAAAUAGAGAUGUGCUGUUUGUUGCUCAACCUUUACCAUUGAAGAUGCUUGGUUUUGUUAGCAUGUUUUGCUAACUUUCAUGCUAUCACCAUAAGAGUCCACCUCAAUGUUCAGAGGAUACAAAAACUAACUGGUAGACAGGCAUACCUCUGUCAGUGGACAUUUUUGGAUUAGUUCAUACAGAUGGACAAUUUUGAAAGUUUUAUAACUAACCAGAUUCAAAUAAGAACAUCAGUAGGUAUCAGUAGGUUGUCACUGAUAGGUAUGUAUUGCCAUAGAAAUAGUUUGUGAAUUUGCAUUUGACUGUAAACCACCCUAGGCCUGCAGAAGCAUUAUUUAUCUUUAGGGUUUAUUGCUUUUGCCCCUUAACUAAUCAGCUCAACAGAAGUUAUGAAUAGCCCCAUAAUGUGACUCUCAUGUCAGGAUGAGUGGGUGCUUUCUAGGAACUUUUUAAACUUACCUGGUGACUUUUAACAACACAAUGAUAACUAUCCUUCCAUUACACUAGAGAGUAUACCUACACAAACAACACAAUGCUUCAAAACAAAGCAUGCCAGACAUGAUGAGAUAAACAUAAGAAAACAAAACAUAAAAUAAUAAUAGCAAUAAUACAAUCAUAGAGUGCCUUAUAUGAGGGGGAUGUAGCCUAAACACAUUUAGUCAAUUUGAUGACUAAUAGAAUGACCAAAUAGAAACAUCACAUCAGUGUGUAGCAUUUUUCUUUUACAUUUUUCAUACAUUUCUGAGACCUUCUGAGACAGUCCAUUACUUCUACAGUAUGUAUAUAAAAAUGAAGUAAAAUUGGAAUACUUAAAAAAAA